GUCCAUGUUUGUGGACGGCACGUGUAGCGUCUCCAACAGGCACAUGGCUAAUCGUCCACCGGAUAAAAUCGCAAUAAUGCCGUUAGCAGCAAUGCGCCUACCGUCGGUGGCGUUAGACAUUGGAUGUAGGCGGCGAUAGGAUAUUCGUCGCCAUGCAUUUAAAUCCGGUCUCCUACUUUCAACUUACUACAUAUAACCUUGACUUUUACGGCGGACUCGGACACCUAUUUUGAUUUUAGAUUUCUAACAUCCAUCUUGUAAGCAUAAGGGGCUCUGAAUUGCUGUAAGAACGCGGAACUUGUAUCUUAUACUAUACGACACUAUGGCGAACGCGGAGGAACAGUACAAGCUCUCGCAGGAGCAAAUCGACUUCUUCCUAGAAAAUGGGUGGCUGAAGUUGAGCAACUGCUUCACGAGAGAGCAAGCAGAUGGUCUACAAGAAACACUCUGGACCAGGUUGGGAAUGGAUCCUAAUGAUAUGUCGACAUGGCAUACUGAGCGAACGAAUAUGCCUUUCUUUAAUGAAUUCUCCGUAGAAGAGUUCGCGCCGAAAGCCUGGGCAGGAAUCUGCAAUCUCGUUGGCGGCAGCGAUCGCGUCGAUUCCAAUGCAUCAACGUGGAAAGACGGUUUUAUUGUGAAUCUUGGAACAAACGAGGGUCAUCACAAGGUUGUUCGGCCGCAAGAUCUUCCUGGUUGGCACGUGGACGGCGACUUCUUUGUGCAUUACCUCGAUUCGCCUGAGCAAGCGCUGUUGGUCAUUCCGUUGUGGACAGAUAUUGUCGCUGGCGGCGGUGGAACAUAUAUCUGCCCAGGAGCCAUUCCAACGGUGGCGAAGCACCUGUACAAGAAUCCUGAGGGAGUCAGCCCAAGGAUGACGCCACGAGCGCAGAAUCCAGAGUUUGUGCAAGAACAAGGGCUGAAGUGGUUCAACGAUCUUGCUGCUAGUAUGCCCGAUGAAGCUUUCGUCGAAGCUACUGGUGUAGUCGGUGACGUCUACCUUCUACAUCCGCUGAUGCUGCACUCCGCCUCCAACAACCAGCUUCGAAAGGUCCGCGUCAUUACCAACCCGCCAGUAUCGGUCAAAGAACCCUUUGUAUUUGACCGUGCGGAUGGAAAUUACAGCGCGGUGGAGCGCAAGACAUUGAAGGCGCUAGGCAAGGACAGAAUUGAAGGUUUCGAGAUCACUGGAAAGAGGCAACAGGUCAUUCCUGAGCGUGUAAGGAUCCAGGAAGAGAUGAAGAGAAAGGAAGAAGAGCGGUUGCGUAAGCUGGAGGAAAGAGCGGGAAUUGACGAAGCGAGUCAGAGGGUUGCUACUGCUGCGUGAAUUUGUAUUCGUUGAGUCAAUCUGACAUGAUUGAAAUCAGAUGCUUUGUGUUGAGUGCACAUGGAUUGGCUGGGUUUAUAGUGAAUAUGGUUCUCACGUUCAGUAAUCGCAAUGUGAGAUUUGGAUACGGAGGCGGAAGUGUUCCGCAGGUAG